GUUACAGUUUUCCAUUUACAACCUUUGCGCUCCACUGCGCCUGCAGCCUCCGCUGGCCGCCAUAAAAUAUCGAAAUGUUCGCAACCAUAAAAGUUUAUGAGUGCGCCGGCACCCAAAUUGGGAUUGGCAGGAGGCAAGCUCUCCCGAUCCAGGGGCCAGGGGUGAAAGUUGUCACAACUAGCCAGUUUUCGUUGCCAGCUGCUGGGACAAGCUCCCCCCGGAAAUGGAUAAGAAUGUGGUCUUCGCAGUUAUCACCAUAUUUUGGUUACUCUUCGCCGUCGUCGGGUAUCUGAUCUCCUUCUGGUACGAGGAGCGGGGCGUGAUCCGGUGCUGUGCCAUUGCGACCGCCGUGUGCUGCUACCUCGCCUGGCUGGUCACCUUCCUGAUGCAGAUGAACCCGAUGAUUGGUCCGCGGGCCAGCCAGAAGAUCAUCUUUGGCAUGAUGAGCUACUGGCCCAACUCAUUUCUUCAUGAUGAGCCCGAUCCGUGAUGACACAUUACUUCCUACAUUAGAGUAUAUAUUUCUUGUUUAAAUUGUAAGCCCAGAGUGGAAUUAUCCUACAUUAGAGUAUAUAUUUCAUGUUUAAAUUGUAAGUCCAGAGUGGAAUCGUAAUUCAUGUGUAUUUGACAAAUAAAGAAUUUAGUUCAGAUAAAUUUA